UUCUGCUUUUAUAUCCUUUCUUUAAAUUCUUUAUUAUCAUUCUAGCAACAGUAUUAUUUUAAUGAUUUUAUAGCUUAUAGUAACACACUUUGUGGAGGCUUAACAUCCAGCACCUAUUCAAGUAUGCUGGUCUGGAUAUUGAUAAUCUUCAGAACUUGGAGUGCUGCUUGUUUGUUCUAUUCCCAUAUUUCUCGUUAUGAAGCACUACUCUUUCUCAAAUUCUCAAAUUUGUCAGACAAAUCUCAGAAAUUUGUAUCUGCAUUUUUCCAUUUAAUUGCAUCAUUGGCCGAGACUUUCAUAUUUAUAUAUAUGGGAUUUGACAUUGCCAUGGAACAGUACAGCUGGCCUUCACAUAGGAAAAUAUCAAUGAAGCAUCAGAAAGCACUUUGGUAUAGUGGGCUUCGAGGGGCCAUGGCAUUUGCGCUUGCUCUGCAGUCGGUUCAUGAUCUUCCAGAGGGUCACGGUCAGACUAUAUUCGCUGCGACAACUGCAAUUGUUGUUCUAACGGUUAACUGCCUUACCCCAUUUUUUACAUAUCCCAAAGUGGCGAAGAUGAUGACCACGAUGAUAUUUUCAGCGACAAUGGGAGAGCAAGUUAUCGAUGAUCACAGACACGAGGCUGAUAAUAGUAGGCAAUUUUACUCAUCGUCCAUGACAGAUCGACUUCAAUAGUGGUUUAUCGAGUUGUGACAUGUGAAGAUGGAGAUCGGACUGCUUAAUGACACACAAACAUUGUAUCUUUGUUAGAAGUAUACUGCCAUAGGAUUGUAGAUUAGUCACAAAUUAGGGGUAGGACUGCUUCAUCAUUUGACGC